UCAGUUGUGGUUUGCAUGUGAUUGUGCUCAGUCUUUUGCUUGGUUCAAUUUCACUUCAAUUUGCCGCGAAGAUGAUUGGUUGUGCAAUAAGUUGUCUUGUGAGUCUUUUAUUUUCCAAAUGGACACUUCUGGCAGGAAUUGUCGGUUACUUCGUGUACAAAUGGAGUAUAUCAACGUACGAUAUAUUCGAGAAACGUGGCAUAAAGUUCAUGACACCCCUCCCACUCAUUGGAAACUUUAAGGGCUUAGUCCUACAAACGAUGAAUUUCUCAGACGCCAUGAAAGAUUUCUACAACCAUUUCCCCACGGAAAAAUUUUUUGGUAUAUUCGAGUUUCGUAAACCAGCCAUUGUUAUUCGUGAUCCAGAGUUAAUAAAGCAAAUUGGCGUGAAAGAUUUUGAUCAUUUUCUCGAUCAUCGCGGAAAUAUCGAUGAAAACCACGAGCCGUUGUUUGGGCGCAAUCUUGUGGCACUUAAAGGACAAAGGUGGAAGGAUAUGCGAUCAACCCUUAGCCCAGCAUUCACAGGAAGUAAAAUGAGGCAAAUGUUCCAAUUGGUCUCUGAAUGCUGCGCAGAUACACUGAAAUAUCUCGAAAAGGAAGCAAAGGAUGGGAAACCCCUUGAGACUGAUCUAAAGGAUCUCUUUACUAGAUUUACAAACGACGUGAUUGCAACAUCUGCCUUUGGUAUUAAGGUUGAUUCUCUCAAGGAUAAGGAAAAUGAAUUCUACAUGUAUGGAAAAUCUGCAACUGAUUUUAGUGGGAUAAACAGCCUCAAAUUCUUUUCUAUUAUUCAGUUCCCGAAACUCUCAAAAACCCUCGGAAUAACUCUAUUCUCAAAGCAAUUUUGCAACUUCUUCAGAAGUCUCGUUUGGGAUACAAUUCGAUUCAGAGAGAAGGAGAACAUUGUCCGUCCCGAUAUGAUUAAUCUGCUCAUUCAAGCUCGCAAGGGUCAACUUAAACAUGAGAAGGAAGAAGUGGAUAAAGAAGGAUACGCCGUUGUGCAGGAAACUAGUAUUGGGGAAGCAAUCCACCAAAGCAAUCUCGUGGAAGAUGAUCUCACAGCACAAUGUUUAAUUUUCUUCCUGGCUGGUUUUGAUACCAGCAGUACCUGUAUGUGCUUCACGGGACAUGAGCUGGCAGCUAAUCCGGAUGUACAAAAGAAACUUCUAGCUGAAGUUGAUGCUACAAAGGAAAAACUCGGAGGGAAACCCUUAACAUACGAAGCUCUUCAAGAAAUGACUUAUCUCGACAUGGUUAUUUCUGAGAGUCUGAGAUAUUGGCCACCAGCAGCCGGAACUGAUCGACAAUGUGUUAAGCCCUACAAAGUAGAAGUGGAUGGCAAAAAUUUGGAAGUCAAAGUUGGAGAAGGAAUCAUGUUUCCCAUUGUUGGUCUUCAUCAUGAUCCUAAAUACUUUCCAAAUCCAUCUCGCUUCGAUCCAGAACGAUUUAGCGAGGAGAAUAAGAACAAUAUUGUUCCUUUCACAUAUCUUCCUUUCGGAGUUGGACCCAGGAAUUGUAUUGGAUCAAGAUUUGCUUUGAUGGAAACCAAGGCCAUCAUUUACUACAUCAUGACCAAGUUUACCUUUGAAGUGUGUGAGAAAACUCAAAUACCACUAAAACUUGCCAAAGCUGGUUUUGCUAUGAAAGCUGAGAAAGGUUUCUGGGUUAAUCUUAAGCCACGGAAUACGUAAAACUCCAGCAAAUAAGAAUGUAAAAAGUAUUAAAAUGUAAAGUCUAUUACAAAAUUAAAUAAUAAAUUUUUAUAUGAAUAAAA